UUACGUAGACUAAACUUCUGAUUUGUGAAUAGCACUAAUGCGUCGCAAAAUAUUAAUCUCUUUAUAAAUCUAUAAGAAGAAAAAGAAUAUUCAAUUAUGCCCGCUUAUUAAAGUUACAUGUACAAUACAAGAACAUGCAAUCAUACAGAUUGAUGCUCAUGGAUACUUUGACAGAAUGAUCAAUCGUACAUCACGAUUACAACAAAGUAUAUUUAUCACGAUGCAAGGUCUUUCCGCACAUACGACUAUUAUGUCAGGAUUCUCGCGUUUAUAUAAAUCAAGUCUUGCAUUCGUUCCAAAAUGCGACCCGACGAGAAUGGAAGACGUGAUAAAGUUGAGAGAAUUUAUUGAUGGACAUAAUCGUUUGUGUAUAUUAACUGGGGCAGGGAUAUCCACGGAAAGCGGUAUUCCUGAUUAUAGAUCGGCGGAGGUUGGACUUUAUGCUCGAAGUAAUCAUGAACCGAUUCUUUAUAAAGAAUUUUGCAACAGUGAAGCUGCCAGAAGAAGAUACUGGGCCAGGAAUUAUGUCGGAUGGCCAAGAUUUUCAUCCAUUAAACCAAAUAUUACACAUAAGAUGUUAAAAGAUUUGGAAUGUAUCAGAAAGGUUGAAUGCAUUGUCACGCAGAACGUUGACAAUUUACAUUCGAAAGCAGGGAGUAAAAAAGUAAUAGAGUUGCAUGGAACAGCAUUUAGAGUAAUGUGUCUUAAUUGCGAUUACAAACUAUGCAGAUACGAACUUCAGGAAAUCUUCCGGAUACUUAAUCCAUCUAUGACUGCAACCACUCAAAUGAUAAGACCUGAUGGUGAUGUGGAGUUAACACAGGCACAAGUAGAAGAUUUUAACAUUCCUGAUUGCGAUAAAUGUGGUGGUAUCUUGAAACCGGAUAUCGUAUUCUUCGGUGACAAUGUACGGCGUGACAUAGUACAAAAUGUGAAAGCUAACGUCGAAAAUUCGGAUGCUCUAUUAAUCUUGGGCACGACUCUUACUACAUUCUCCGCAUAUAGAAUCGUACUACAAGCGGUUGACAUCAAGAAGUCAAUAGCGAUAGUAAACAUUGGCAAAACUAGAGCUGACAAAUUAGCGCAUUUAAGAGUGGAGGGAAGAUGCGGUGACAUUCUAACAAAGGCUUGGCAACCGGAUAUUGCAAUCAAAUCUGAAAGAUGACAAAUGUAGAGAGUAAAUUUUAAAUUUAUCUUAUUGUAAUAAUUAAUAAUUAUUACAAUAAUUUAUUACAAUUAAUAAUUUAUUAAUUGUUGAAUGGUAAGAAAUAAUUAUCUGUGAGGUAUACCUUACACAUAAAACACAUGUAUAAUGUGUACAAUAACUAAUAAAUCUUUGAUUCAAAAAGGUAUAAAUAAACAAGUACUUUU